AUGCCUCUGGUUCCCAAAUAUAAAUGCCUACUCGGUUGUCAAAAACGUAAAAAGAAGAAGCUAGAGGAGGACAAAAGAAAGGCCGACGAAGUAAAACAAAACCACAUACACAAGUUUUUCUCAAAACAACCUCAAAGUUCUAGUUCUAGUGUAGAUGCUAAUGCGGGUGAAAAUGAUGUUAAUGUUAAUGUGGAUGAAGCUAAUGUAGGUGAAGAUGACGUUAGUUUAAAUGUGGAUGAAGCUAAUGUGGGCGAAGAUGAUGUUAAUGUUAAUGUUAAUGUGGAUGAAGCUAAUGUGGGUGACGAUGAUGUUAAUGUUCGUAUGGAUAAGGAUGAAGAUGAUGUUAAUGCUAAUGUAGAUGAAGCUAAUGUUGGUAAAGAUGAUGCUAAUGCAAAUCCUAAUGUUGAUAUUUUUGAUCCUGGAACUUGGGAUGAGCUUAAUUCUAACUUGAUUAAUGAAUUGGUUAUAAAAGGUCCAAAAGGAUAUUUGACUAUUGAUAAGGGUCCCGUGGAUAUUUUCUAG